CUCCCUUUGUUCAUCCAAACCAAAAGUGGAAGUAAAUUUGAUUAAAUUUCAAAAAAAAAUAAAAGAGAAAAUAGAUUGGAAAUAUUUUUUAUUUUAUGUCAUUUAUGGCAGAGAAUUAGACAAUAAACACAAUCACACUUCACAAGAAAAUUUUUUCAAGAAUGUCUCGAGAUCCUGAUUAUUACCAGACUGUAUCACUGAAACUCUCAGAGGUGCUCAAUGAUAUUAGUGUCAAUGAGAGAAUGAUUCUGAAGAGGAGGAGGAUGUUCUUGUUGAUGGAAACUAUGGAAACUAGUACACAAAGUUUGCUGGGCAGUAACCAUUCCAUCUAUCGUUUUGGUAGCCAGUCUGAAGGGUCUACAACAUUAGGACUCAAGUCAGAUGCUGAUAGCCUUAUAGCCUUCAAAAACUUAAAUGUGAUACAGGACUGGGGUGAGUGGCAACCUGGCAGACACAAUCUACUGAUGAUACAGGAUGAGACCACAUCACCAGGUUACUGCCUACUACAAUGUCUGAGGAAUGAUGAGCCUCUUCCUUUUUCUACUGCUUUACUUGAUCAUGAACCAAACAGAUAUCAUGUUAGCAGAGGUAAAGUGCUGCUGAAGAACACAUUAUCGACAGAUGCUGUCAUAGCAGGAAAUGUAAUAAAUGGUCCUGCUACAUCAAGGCCAGGAAGCCCAGGUACUGCUGAUCAAGAUUUUGUUCAAGCAUUCCACUGUAAAUCAUGGCCUGCAGAAGCCCAACCAUGGUUAUUACAACAAGGUAUAGGAAGAUGGCCUACCGAAGACAUGCAGAGAUAUUGCAAGACUACAGGAUGUUUUGUUGUACCAGUCAGCAGUAAAAAUGGCCGGAAUGAACAACUUGAAUGGAGAAUAUCUACUUCCCAGGCUGAAAGAUGUCUGAUGUUCAGUUUAAACAUCACACAAUUAAGAUGUUACAUUCUGACGAAGAUGAUUCUUAAAACAUUCAUAAAUCCUCAGUGUGAUGGUGUACUUUCAAGCUUCAUGUGUAAAACUGUUUUAUUUCAUUGUAUACAAAAUACACGUUCAAAUAACUGGGUGCAGUCUAACUUACUUGCAUGUUUGAUGUGCUGUCUUACAGUAUUGCAGAACUUUGUAAGACAAGAAAACUGUCCACAUUUUAUAAUACCUGAAAACAACCUGAUGGCCAGAAGAAUGUCUCCUCAUAACAAAGUCAGAGUUUUUGAAAUCCUACAAAAAAUCAUACAAAGUAAGGGUCGUGCACUGCUGGAGAUUCCCAUUGAUGACCUUGGUACAAGACUACAAGUGAAGGUGAAUAUGGGUGAAGUUUGUCAGUAUCAUGUAACUCCAGCCCAAAUGCAUGCUAAAAUUUCAUCACUGCUGCUACAAAAUAUUACGGCGACCAUAAGUAAAAAUCACAAGCGCCUUUUAGAAUCAAUGCAUGACGGAAAUGAAAUGGUGUAUGAGAGGUUAUCAGACUUUACAUUAACACUAACAAGAAUGUAUAGAGCAAUGGGUUCUAACAGUUUGGAAAUAUCUGCCGUAAGACUUGUAGCACCUCUGCUUUCAUCUUCCCUAGGGUCUGUGAUAGCAUCUCACAACAUUUACACUACUCACAGUAUAUCACCAGAAGCACUGGGCUGCUUUUCAGUUGGUUUGAACUCAGAUGUGUCAUCUGGUGGAUUGAAACUUGCAUCAGCAUUAUAUUGUGUAGGAGAUAUGGAAAGAGCAGUGUUUGUUCUGAGGAAUACAGAAGAAAAGUAUGAUCUGAAUACUGUUGAACCUGCAUGUAACUGUAGUGAUCAUUCCUUGCUUUACCUAAGGCAAAGAUUCAUGCAUAAAUGUACCACUGGAAAUGAAGAACUAAUACAACAUACUACAGCACUGUGUGUUAGAUUUCUGCGGUGUGAAAUUUGCUGUGUUCCUAAAGAGCUACAGUAUGAAAUGUUUAGGUCUACACAAGAGGACAGGCUUGAAAGGGAUGAAAUGGUUGACUACUGGCUGGAUUGGGCAGUGGUAGAUUCUCUCCCUUACCUCUACUUCUUACAGUAUAGAACCUACGGAGCUCUUCAGAGAGUGGCAGACCAACAAUAUGCACUUGCAAACCUUGUCACUACCAUUGAUACAGAGCAUAAUCUAACUCACAGGGAAACAGCAAUAAACUUACUAGGACAGUGUAUGGAACAGGAAAACCGACAUAUUGAUGCUUUACACUGCUACAUGAUAUCUCUAAAUAUUCAAGCAAGAAACAAUGCUGCAAACUUUCUUAUCUGUAGACUUCUAUAUGAAGUAGUUAACAGGCAGGAAAAUACAUGGAACUAAACAGAGUACUGCAGAAAAAGUGAAUACCUAUAUGAAGAUGCUUGGACCUAUAAUACACACCAUUAAUAUCUGUAUAUAUAACAUGUAUUACAUAUCCUGUUUUAGAAAUAGAUAAAGUGAAGAACUAACUCCAGAAAUAUACUUUUUACUUCAAAACUAA